GCCGAACCCAUUAACAGGAUUACUGCGCGCCUCCUUUAGGACAACACCGUCACGUCCUUGCUUCCCCCUCCCCGCCACUAACGACCUCUUGUUCACUUUUCAAGUCAUACCCACAUCCUUUGACCUGUCUAACCAAUUGCAACUAAUCCUUUCUUUCUCUCAUGGAUCUGGACAACGGUGACUCCCCGUGGGGCGACGUCCCCUCGCAGUCGGUCGGCACCCACGGUACGCCACAAUCGGAAAGCGAAGAUGCUACCCGGGAACAAUCGUCACAACAAGCCAGUUCGAACACUCCCCGCUCUCCAGUACGGCGAGUUCCGCGAGGCUCCCGCAAGAUCAGCGCACAAGCGACAAAAUUAGAAGCAGUUGAUGACACCCUUGAUCCGUUGGGCCCGCUCGGGGGCAAGGCCGAUGAAAGUAGCCCUACGGCAACCGAGCAAGCACCCAUACCACCUCAGAAGGAAGCAUUUACUGGGCGCAAUGUUCGGCCCACAUCAUCUGCAUCUCAGACAUCAAGUGCUGCUGGAAUGGCCGAUUCGGUGAACCUCGAAGAAGAUGGUGCGGGGUUUAGGGGCCCCCCCCCGGUACAACCACCAAGCGACGCAGAUAGCUCGAAGAGAUUGUCAGAACCUAGUAUUAGUGUCGAGAAGGCAGCAAAACCGACCUUUGAGAUCACCGUCGGUGACCCACACAAAGUGGGAGAUCUGACGAGCAGUCACAUUGUUUACCAAGUCCGAACAAAGACAACGUCCAAGGCCUACCGCCAACCAGAAUUUACUGUUAGUCGCCGAUACCGCGACUUCCUUUGGCUUUACAAUUCAAUGCAUAAUAACAACCCUGGCGUUGUCGUCCCCCCUCCUCCGGAGAAGCAAGCAGUUGGCCGUUUCGAUACUAAUUUCGUCGAGUCCAGAAGGGCUGCAUUGGAGCGCAUGCUCAACAAAAUUGCUACGCAUCCGAUCCUUCAGCAUGAUGGAGACCUUAAGAUCUUCCUGGAGAGCGAAACAUUCAAUCUAGAUGUGAAGAACAAGGAGAACAGGGAGCCGGAUUUAGGUCAGAGCAAGGGCAUGUUUAGCUCCUUUGGUAUCAACGUUGGUGGAGGGUCCAAAUUUGUCGAGCAUGACGAUUGGUUCCAUGAUCGGAAGAUUUACUUGGAUGCUUUGGAGAACCAGCUGAAGGCUCUGAUGAAAUCAAUUGACACUGUAGUCGCACAGCGGAAGGGGUUAGCAGAAGCUGCUGGGGACUUUUCCGCGUCUCUUCACGCGCUGGCAGCUGUUGAACUGUCUCCCGCUCUCUCCAGCCCUCUCGACGGGCUUUCGGAUCUACAGUUACGCAUCAAGGAAUUAUACGAACGCCAGGCUCAGCAAGAUGUUCUCACGCUAGGUAUCACUAUUGACGAAUAUCUCCGCCUGAUCGGAAGCGUUAAGACAGCAUUCUCGCAGCGGCAGAAGGCUUUCCACAGCUGGCAUACGGCCGAGUCCGAAAUGCAGAAACGCAAGCACACUCAGGAGAAACUUCUCCGACAAGGAAAGACACAGCAGGACCGCCUAAACCAGGUCAAUGCCGACGUGGCCGAUGCGGAACGCAAGGUCCAUCAGGCGCGAUUGUUGUUUGAAGAUAUGGGAAGGCUGAUGCGGAAUGAACUGCAGCGGUUUGAAAAGGAGAAAGUGGAAGAUUUCAAGUCUGGCGUGGAAACAUUUUUGGAAAGCGCAGUCGAAGCCCAGAAGGAGCUUAUCGAGCUCUGGGAAACCUUUCUAUUGCAAUUAGACGCAGGCGAAGAAGGCAACCUCUUCUACGCCCCUCCUGUUGCAGAGGGUGCUCCCACAGAGUCGGUGCCCGAGAGAACUACUCAAGCCGCUCCAGCCGCCCCGGCCGAGGAAGCAUAAAUGUUUGCAUAUCCCCCCUAUGACCCUUUUAUCGCUCUGUACAAAAGGAAGGCCACCGUCCCUUGCAUCCCUCAUUUGUCACGUUUAUCGAUCAAACAACGCAUGUCAGUCAUUAUUAUAACAAUGUAUGGUGUGGGGGUGGUGCAAGACUUUUACCUGAAUUUAUGGCUGUUUUAUGCAUCUUGCAGUCGGAAUUAGCUACGUUGACAGUGUAUUGAUACCAGUAACUCGGA